UCUCUACCUGCAUAUCACCACUGCGGGAGUAAACUUUAUGGGAAGAUUCGCUGCUGCAUGGGCAGGACUACACGCCGUUCUCGGAUGAAGACGGCCAAUCAUCAUGCAUGACAUCUGCAUACCUGUUAGGCCGGACCCGAGCCAUCAGCGGGGGUCCCACAGACUUGACGCCGAGGUAGAGGGCUACUCCGAUCCGGUGCAUCAAUGUCAUGGGCGUCAAGAGUCCUUCGUAUGCCUCCGAUCGAGGCGUCAACCUUGCCGGUCAAUGACUAGGCUAAGGGAUGAUCUAACUUGCUUCCGACCAGGUUGGACAUUUAUCUUGAGGUAUGACGUUGUUUCCGACAUUGAUUCUUCUUCUCACCAGGAAUAUAAACAAGACAUGAUCUCUUUAUAUGAACAAGCUCUGCGAGAUCGAAUGCGAGAGACCCAGGUUGUCAUGCUAAGUGUGACGUCGCUUGAACAAGACCUUGUCAUUUUCAAGUUCCAUCGUGACACGCGUUAUUCGACAAUUAAUUUAUCUGAGCGGUCGUGAUUGGCAAGUGGCCUGUGAUCAUGAUUCCUGGGUAUGCAUUGCCGCCCUCGGAAGGGCCUUUGGCAGAG